CGCGCUGAAAGGUUGGGCUGGCAGCUCUUCACAAGUCCAUCUCUGGGUCCCUCUUUAGCUUCAGAACUACCUCCGUCUCGUGCCUCGGUGUGUUACGUCAAGCGCUGCGUGAAACGACCCUCCACGGCCCACGUCGAGCAACUGUCCGGUUUCAAUCCUCCACGAAGUUCUCGCGUGCAGGCCCAUCCUCGCACGCUGCAGCCAGUAUUAUAGGCGGUCGUGCGAGCGUUCGUACAUAUACCGUCGAUCAUCGGCCAACUUUAUGCGGCCAAUGCUAGCCAUCCAUCGAACCAACCCAGGAACUACCGCUUCGCACCCUCUCCUCGACCUGGACAACACCAACGUCCUGUGAUACGUCACGAGGAGCAAAGACCCAUCGAGUCCACCGCGCGCCCGGCCCUUUUUUUGCUACUGCCUGCUGACGACCAACUAUCGACGACCAUUCUCCGGAACGAGGCGAACUAAGCUUACCGACCAAGGCCGUAUCGAGUGGGUGGCUGCCACUGAGCCUGCCUUUCGUUCACAGUUAUACCAGCCUCGGAUCACCGACUGGCUGGAACCGCAUCGUCGGGCUACUGUCACUCGAUAGAACUGCAACACUAUCGACACCGUGUCCCAUCUCACAUCUCCUCACAUCACGCCAGAUCACUUCCAUACCCGUGGACAAGCUGGCCUCGAAGCCAGCGAGGGCCGCCAACGUGGAUAUCUCGUCGCUGCUGGAGCGGCCAAAAGCAGCAUCCUCUCCAGGCAAUGCUAGCAACAGCUCCAAGGCAUCGACAAGUAGCAGAGCCCGAGACGAUAACCCAGGCUCUGCUCACACUUCAACAAUCACGAGUGCAACGACUCCAGCACCUCAUCCAGCACCACCCGUCGAAUACCAGCGUCAAGUGCCCCAGGCGUUUCCACCAAUGCAGACCAUGCAUUAUCCGCCGCAGCAGUACCCACCGGGACCGCCUCACUACCACCCAGUAGCAAAUUACUCGCCCUAUCCUCCAACAUCAAUGCCAGAUCCAAGACUUGGCCUAUCUAUACCCAUUUCUCACGUUGCAGGACCAAGUAACAAGCGUCUGGCGCCUCCACAUCCUCAUCCUUCCGAGACACCCGCGAAGAAGAAGCAGUCCAAGUGGACUGCUGACGAAGACCGUUCGAUAAUCGAACUGAGGGGCAAUGGCAUGAAAUGGGAAGACAUUUCGAAGCAUUUGCCCGGUCGUAGCGCCAUCAGUUGCCGUCUUCGCUUUCAAAACUAUCUCGAGCGACGAUCGGAAUGGGACGAGGAGAAGAAGAACAAACUCGCUCGUCUAUACGAGAGAUUCAAGAAGGAUAUGUGGGAGAAGAUCUCAAAGGAGAUGCAACUGCCAUGGCGAGCGGCCGAAGCGAUGCACUGGCAGAUCGGCGAAGUCGAAAUGGCACAAAGAGCGAAUGUCCCGGUCUUUCACUUGGCAGGACAGCAAGGCUCAGGAGCCGCACAAGCAGGUCCUGGAUCAGAGGGUCGUGCCAGCACAUCACCUUCGUCCGGUGGCGGUGCAGCACUGCCCGGCAUGGGAUAUUCCCACACGCACAAUCACUCUCUGCCUCAGAUCCCGCAAUCGCUUUCGCAUCCCGUCUCACCGGUACAGUCAAGGCUCCGAAGCAACAGCGACGACGCCGCAGCUCACGCUGCAUUGCGACACAGAGCGGACAGCGCAAGAUCCGUCGCAGCUUCAGGACCGAUGGGAAGAGGAGCCCUGCCUUCGAUUCACGAUGUCACGGGUCCGCCGCCCAACCAGAUACGUUACACUCUGCCACCGGUUCCCACGACCGAGACACUGCGGCGGUGAAGAGGGUUUCCUUUUAAGUUACCAGCAUCUGCAUAGCGUGCUUUUUCGGGUUUUCUUAUGCGCAGCAUUCAGCAAGCCAGCGGUUCCUGGUAUGAGCUCACGACCAAAUCUAACGCCAUUGACGCCAACGCUAUAGACAUCAGACACGACGACCACAUCUCAGGGAGAUGCAUGACUCAAACGCAACGGCCUGGAGGGAGUGACGAAAGAGCACGGCUCAUUUGUACCAUAGAAAGUUUUGACUUGACGACUGAUGAAACGGGAGGAAAUGAAUUGGGUGUAGAGUAUUAGCAGACAAGUGCAGCUAGAUUUUAGCAGCAUGAUGAGCGAAGCAACAGAAAUAAUGAAGACGGGCGUGUUGCCAAUGAGUUGACUUUGCCAGUUGAGUUUGUGACAGUCGACGUUGAGAUACAGUUCCCGUGUCGCGUGAGUGCAUCCGAGACAGUUGCAGCUGUGCGUCCAUG